UCAUUGAUAAAUCGUGCAGCUAAAGUUGAAUGUGUCGUUUGAGACUGCUACUUGUAUUACUGUACUGGUUUUUACUCAGUACCACAGACUGCCUGUGACCGGCCGGUAUGGAGGACGCGUUCGCGCUCAUCGUUAUAACACUGUUACAAUUAUGUCGAGCUGAGACUUCGAAGCCGCUACCAGAGUGGUAUGCGGCAAAUCUUGUAAAUGACGCAAAUUAUACGCCGAAACCCCUAACUGAGAUAUUCACAACAGACCUAAGCUUCACACCAAAGGAUCAGUUCCCACAAACUACUCCUUUCACGACUACCACUAACCCAACGACAACUCCAACGAUAAUCACUACAACGUCUACGAGCGAAUCUACGACUGUUGAAAAUGAAGAUGAAGGGCAAAUAAUCCAGCAAAAUAUCCCGUUCGAAAUUAUACAACUGUCAAAACCGCAGCAACCGAUAAUAUUCUCGCAGACAGGCAACAGGCCAUCUAACACUGAUCCGAAGUUAUUCAUAAUACUAAAUCCAGGACGGGAAUCCACUCAGAAGCCAAGUACUACAGAAAAGAAUGUAGUAGCAACUACUCAAUCUCCGACUCAAAUAGCUGAGACUGGUCAAAAAACAAACGUUUCUCCAAAUCCGUCUCCAAAACAAGCAGCACCAAUCAAUCUUCCAAUGGCGUUUAUGAAUCCAAUACCAAUUACUUAUUCGGCUGGUAUUUCAAACUUUUUUGAACCUCUUGUACAGAGUACAACUUUGCCACCUAUUAAAAUUCCCAGUCUGAAUCCAGUAAUAAGUGUGCGUAUGAAAUCUCCAAGAGGAACCAUAACUAACAUUCACAUAAACCCAACCAGUACCCAAAAACCGUCAACAACACGGCAUCGAAAACCAAAUCAAAGGAGGAAUAACUACGAUACGUGUACAAACUCAUGCAGUAAUAAGCGAGCACCUAUUUGCGCGACUCCCACAGGUGUGACACCUAUAAAUCCCGACAAACUAAAAGGUUUUCCAUCGCUCUGUCACAUGGCCUGUCAUAACUCAUUCAGAAAUAAUGAAGUUUACGACAAAGUAAGCGAUGGAAGAUGUGGAAGACUGCGUACGCGCAUAAGACCUAUGGAUAAAGACAAACUUAACAGGGAGGAGUUAAACAAAACUCAGUACACAAUACUCCAUAACGGUUCGGAGACUGUCAUGGAAUUCUCACCCCUAACGCCUUGAAGUAAGACACAUUUAAGUGUAAAACAAUUACGUUAGUCAUAACAUCACAUAACUAGUCGUGUUUAUAAAGACGCAGGUGUUUUAUAACACAAUGUCCUACACCGAUGAUGAAAAUAAUAAAAUGUUUGAGAAACAAUAUUUUUACGUAAAUCUUCAAGUCUUCCUGUUAUUAAAACAAUUCCGUCCAUAUAAUAAGACUUGCUACUUUUUUUGUUACUUAAGGAUAGUAAAUUAAAUGAUUUUAUAAUACUUAAAA